UUCCUAUUGCGACCGAACUCAGUGUACAGCAUGUAGCAAUGUGACAGUAAAUUCACAUUGAACUUGAAACGUGACAAUUGACACUAAGUAAAUUAACAAGUCGGAGUCACCGGUUAUCAGCUUUCAGGAAGUUGGCGAAAUAAACGCCCUAUAAAAGUAGAAUGAACUCACAACGUUAACUCAGUUACAUACGGCGAUGGCUAGCACCGAGACUCCCAGAUUGGUGGUCGGCCGGCGCACUUGCUGCUACUACUGGUGGCGGCGCCUCCUGCUGCAGGACGGGGAGGAAGCAAUGAGUGGCUCCAGGAAAUACAUCUCCAUCAGCGUGCCUGAUAAACCUGACUCCAUGUCCCCGCAUAUCAAGUCGUCGGAUGAGCUGCGGGUGAUCGGCUUGAACCUGAGCGACUUUUCCAGGACCGUGCAGUUCUUCAUCUGCGUGGCCGGAGUCUUCAUCUUCUAUCUCAUCUAUGGAUACCUGCAGGAACUCAUCUUCUCUGUGGAAGGCUUUAAACCUUUCGGCUGGUACCUCACUCUGGUACAGUUUGCUUUCUACUCCUGCUUCGGCCUGAUCGAGCAGCAGCUCACGCAAGACAAGAGGAGAAGAAUCCCCUGGAAAACGUAUAUGCUUAUAGCAUUUCUUACAGUGGCCACUAUGGGCUUGUCAAACACCUCCCUUGGUUAUCUGAAUUAUCCAACUCAAGUAAUCUUUAAAUGCUGCAAGUUGAUUCCUGUUAUGAUAGGAGGAGUCUUCAUACAAGGGAAACGUUAUAAUAUUGUAGAUGUGUCAGCUGCACUUUGUAUGAGUCUUGGUCUGAUUUGGUUCACUUUGGCUGAUAGCAAAGUGACACCUAAUUUCAAUCUGACAGGCAUAGUGUUUAUCUCAAUGGCACUUUGUGCUGAUGCAGUUAUUGGAAACGUACAAGAGAAAGCUAUGAAAUUGCAUAAUGGUUCAAAUUCAGAAAUGGUUUUAUAUUCCUACUCAAUAGGCUUUCUGUAUAUAUUAGUGGGUUUGUUUUGUACUCAAGGACUGAGCCCUGCUUUUGUCUUUUGUUCAAGGCAUCCUAUGCAGACGUAUGGUUAUGCAUUUAUGUUUUCCUUGACUGGAUAUUUUGGAAUUUCCUUUGUACUAGCUUUGAUAAAAGUCUUUGGAGCACUUGUUGCUGUAACAGUAACUACUGGAAGAAAAGCAAUGACAAUUGGCCUAUCGUUUUUCUUCUUUUCAAAGCCUUUUACUUUUCACUACUUAUGGUCAGGUCUUGUGGUCAUCCUUGGUAUCUUUCUGAAUAUAUACAGCAAAAACAGGGACAAAAUCAAGCUGCCAUCACUGCUUGACCUUUGGAAUGUAAUCAAGAAAAAGCAAAUUAGAUCAAUGUCUCAGACUGUGUAAAGUGUAUAGUAAUGUGCACUAUUUGGAUUUGAUCACACCAAGCAGCCAUUAAUUGACUGCAUCAGGACCUUCUGCAGCAGUGGACCUGAGCAAUGGACAUAUGAUGCACAUAUGACUGAUUUUACUUUUGCUGAAAAGCAAACCUGACCAGUGAAGGUUGGGGGGGAAAAAAAAUCUCAACAGGACAGAUGUGGUAAAAGGGAACAAUACAAGACUUAGUCAGUGUUCUCUGUAAUAUCACAAAGAUUGUUUGUUUGCUAAUAAUGUAUAUAAAAUUCUUUGAUUUAUGAACUUGUCACUGCUUUGCCACUGAAACGUUUUGCCUUGGUUUUUAUUGCUUUGUAUAUGAAUCCGAUAUAUUCUGCCUUUUUUCCAUUCAGUGGUAAUUACUAAUGGGGCCAAAUGUUUUUUAAACAUCUUGUGCAAAUUUGUACAGUUUGACAAAUUGUGUGGUACAGUAGUAUUUAAAGUGGUUAUUUAUCAUGAUUGUACAAUUAAAUAUACCUCUCAAGUACAUUUAAUGCAUCUUGAUUGUACUGAGUUCUAAAAUUAAUGCACAGCAGAUGGAAAAUGUGCAUUAAACAUUGUGGUUAUGAAGUUUUCAUUGGAUAGUGACCUUGAAUAGGCAAAUAUUUCUUUAUUGUUCUUAAUUUAUUUGAGUGCAACAAAGGGCCAUGUUAAAACAUGUUUACUGUGUUUUGUCAAAACAUUAUCUUGUGCACAGCACCUCCGGUGGAAUGUACUGUUCAUCUUUUUUAUUAAGAAAUUAGAAAAGUUAUGGACCAGAGAAGUUCUAGCGAGCACAUCACAAAAUCAAUUUUGUGUUGUGAUCUCUUCAUUAUUUUGUUUUCGCACAAUGCCUUUUUCACCCUUUUUAUAGUUUUUAAGAGAAUGAUAAAAUGUAUUUUAACCUGUUAGAGUUACAUGUCUUUUAAUAUGAAAAAAAGAGCUGAGUAAAGCAUAUUGCUAAACUUUUCAA